AUGAAGGACUCGCUGGUGCUGCUGGGCCGUGUCCCGGCGCACCCGGACUCUCGCUGCUGGUUCCUGGCCUGGAACCCCGCGGGGACCCUGCUGGCCUCGUGCGGCGGCGACCGGAGAAUCCGCAUCUGGGGCACGGAGGGUGACAGCUGGAUCUGCAAGUCUGUCAUUUCUGAAGGCCACCAGCGCACCGUGCGGAAGGUGGCCUGGUCCCCCUGCGGUAAUUACCUGGCCUCUGCCAGCUUUGAUGCUACCACUUGCAUUUGGAAGAAGAACCAGGAUGACUUUGAGUGUGUAACCACUCUCGAGGGCCAUGAAAAUGAGGUCAAGUCAGUGGCUUGGGCCCCAUCUGGCAACCUCCUGGCUACUUGCAGCCGAGAUAAGAGUGUUUGGGUCUGGGAAGUUGAUGAAGAGGAUGAGUAUGAAUGUGUCAGUGUUCUCAACUCCCACACACAGGAUGUCAAGCAUGUGGUUUGGCACCCAAGUCAGGAGCUCUUAGCCUCUGCCAGCUAUGAUGACACAGUGAAGCUGUACCGGGAGGAAGAGGAUGACUGGGUAUGCUGUGCCACCCUCGAGGGCCAUGAAUCCACUGUGUGGAGCUUGGCCUUUGACCCCAGUGGCCAGCGCCUGGCAUCUUGCAGUGAUGACCGUACUGUGCGCAUCUGGCACCAGUAUCUAUCAGGCAAUGAACAAGGGGUGGCAUGCAGCGGCUCUGACCCCAGUUGGAAAUGUGUCUGUACUUUGUCGGGCUUCCACUCAAGGACGAUUUAUGACAUUGCUUGGUGUCAGCUGACAGGGGCCUUGGCUACAGCUUGUGGGGAUGAUGCAAUUCGUGUGUUUGAGGAGGAUCCCAACUCAGAUCCACAGCAGCCCACCUUCUCCCUGACAGCCCACUUGCAUCAGGCCCAUUCCCAAGAUGUCAACUGUGUGGCCUGGAACCCCAAGGAGCCAGGGCUGCUGGCCUCCUGCAGUGAUGAUGGGGAGGUGGCCUUCUGGAAGUAUCAGCGGCCUGAAGGCCUCUGAGCUACCUCAACUUUGGACAGCAUAAUGACUCCCAGAAAAUGUCAUGAGACUUUGCCAGCCCCUGAGAAGACCAGGAGGAGCAUCCUUGACCUUCAUUUAAAAUGGCUCACUUCUAUUUAGACUUGGGUGGAAGUAUGGAGCCACAGAACUGCUCUCCUUCCCCGCCUUUGUCAUGAGGCCCUCAGUAAAGAGCUACAGAACAUCAGUACAUUGUUAUACCACCGAUUUUUCUUGCAUUAGGGCACAGUGUUAAAUUUUUUGGGGGUAAAUAUACUAUUUAUAAUCACUAUGUAUAGUAGGAGGGGGUAUAUGUCUCAGGCCUUUCUGAAGUUGUAAGACAAAUAAUCCAUCUGCGUCCCGAGCCCUAUUCAUAAGGAUAUUCAUAAAAGAAUUCCAUGGUGAAUCCUUGUCUGAAAUAGAUCCUGCCUUCCCAGUUUCUGGGUAAAUCUUUGCAUUUAAGACAUCCAAUCAAUAUUGAAGGAAAUUUUUUUCUGAAUGUAGAUUUGAGAGAGGGGCAUCUCUGCUUUCCCUCAGAAACCCUCAUAUACCUCCUGCACUGUUACGCUGUGAUGGCAACAGAGUAGGAAAAAAAGGAGAAGACAGGAACCCUAAAAGGGAGGGUUAUUACUGGACAGAGGCCCUAUAUUUUCAACAGGGAUGCAAAUUGCUUCUUCAGUAGAAAUAAAAAGUAGUUUCUGGUCCUCCACAAA